UUCACUUCGAUCCAAAUUGAUCCUCGUCCCUCUUCUGUGUCUCUCUAUCUCUAUCCAUUCUGAUUGUUUGGCUUACUACCACCGUAGUAGAAUUAAGAAGAGCCACCCACGAUCAGAACCGAUGUGGGCAGCUCCCGGAUUCCGUCAAGCGUUUGUUCCGGUCCCGAUAACCCUGACAGCUCCCGAUAACAAACACCCACCCUACCGUUUGGGUUUGGGUUUUCAUCCUCCGCCGCAGACAAAGUUCAGAGUUCCGGCGGCCAAGAAACACCAUCUCCCUCAAUUGCAGACUUCCAAACCAAGUUUGGAAGAGGAGGGUGAAUCAACUUCAUUACAAGAGGAGGAGGGUGCUGAUAAAGGAAUUGAUGUGGGAUGGUUGCCUGCAUUCCCUCACGUUUUGGUUGCUUCCAUGUCCGAAUUCCUCUUCGGUUAUCACAUUGGAGUAAUGAAUGGUCCUAUUGUAUCUAUUGCACGAGAGCUUGGUUUUGAAGGGAACUCAUUUAUUGAGGGACUAGUAGUGAGUAUAUUCAUAGCCGGAGCAUUUAUUGGAAGCAUCAGCUCUGGUUCAUUGGUCGAUAAACUGGGUUGCCGACGCACCUUUCAGCUUGACACAAUACCACUUAUUCUUGGUGCCAUUAUAAGUGGACAAGCUCAUUCCUUGGAUGAAAUACUCUGGGGAAGAUUUCUUGUUGGCCUUGGCAUUGGUGUGAACUCGGCUAUUGCUCCUAUUUAUAUUUCAGAGGUUGCUCCAACAAAGUAUAGGGGUUCUUUUGGGACCCUGUGUCAAAUUGGCACAUGCCUCGGAAUUAUUGCAUCACUCAUUUUAGGAAGUCCUUCAGAAAAUGAUCCCCACUGGUGGAGGACAAUUCUCUAUAUUGCGAGUGUCCCUGGAUUUAUUUUAUUCCUUGGAAUGCAGUUUGCUGUAGACAGCCCAAGGUGGCUAUGCAAAGUAGGAAGACUAGAAGAUGCUAAAGAAGUUAUCCGUAACCUUUGGGGGCCAUCUGAAGUCAACAAAGCAAUUGAAGAAUUUCAGUCAGUCAAUAGGAAUGAUGAUUUGGAGAGCAGAUGGCUGGAACUCCUAGAGCAGCCACACUCUAGAGUUGCAUUCAUUGGAGGUGCCCUUUUCAUACUUCAACAGUUUGCUGGUAUAAAUGGAGUUCUUUAUUUUUCGUCACUGACUUUUCAAGAUGUUGGAAUUACGAGUGGUGCUUUAGCAAGCUUAUUUGUUGGACUUACCAACUUUGCAGGUGCACUUGGUGCUUUAUACUUGAUGGAUAAGCGAGGGAGGAAAACGCUUCUAAUUGGUAGUUACUUGGGAAUGGCAAUAUCGAUGUUUCUAGUAGUCUAUGCUAUCAGCUCUCCAAUAGAUGAAGAGCUUGGUCACAACUUAUCAAUAUUGGGAACUGUCCUGUACAUAUUUACCUUUGCUAUUGGAUCUGGCCCUGUAACUGGUAUUAUUAUACCGGAGCUUAGUAGCAGCAGGAUGCGUGGGAAGAUCAUGGGUUUCAGUUUCUCAGUUCAUUGGGUUUGUAAUUUCGUGGUUGGUCUAUUCUUCCUUGAGCUUGUGGAGAAAUUUGGAGUUGCUCCAGUUUAUGCAAGCUUUGGCGCGUUUUCCUUGCUGUCAGCAAUAUUUGCUUACAAUUUUAUCAUUGAAACUAAAGGGCGUUCCCUUGAAGAAAUUGAGAUGUCUUUAAAUCCCAAUUUUGCGGCCAAGGAUGAGUGACCAAUAUCUAAAUCCUUGAUCAAGAGAAGUAGAGACGACACGGAAAGUUUAUCGAGCUUGAGCCUUAGUUGCAGAAGAUGGUUAUUCUGAUGUGGCUGUCUUCAGGCAUGUAAGGUUAUUUUGAAGUCUUGUAUUCUCAUUGCAUUUUGGAUUAUGAUUGAUUUUAUUUCGUUUUCUUUGGUGUACCAUUGAAAUUGUACAGUUAGUUUCUUUGUGACAGUUUAUUUUUGGACAUAGUGUUAUUGUGUUAAUUGAAAUAGCCUUUUUGUGUUGAUUGUGACAA